AUGCAGCAAGGAGGGGAUUAUGGGGGAGACAUAUGGGCGGGGUUGAGGCAGCAGGUGGUGCGUCGGACGUUACGCAUGGAGCAGAAAGGGGAAGAUAAGGGAGAAGGGGAGAGAGGGGAGCAGCGGAGGAGCAGUGAUGGUGUGGAAGGAUGGAAUACUAGCCACACUGGAGCAGAGGUUGUUGGUGCUGGCAACAUUAAAGCUAUCCCACACGACUCAACUUCUUCCGCUUAUGCUGCUGCUGCUGCUGCUGCCGAUGCUGCUGCUGCUGCUGCUGCUGCUGCUGAUGCUGCCAACGAUGCUGCUGCUGCUGCUACUGACAGUGCUUCAGCUGGCGUUGCUGAUGCUGGCAACGGCGAUGGCGACACACCCGAGGCAGCAGCAGUGGCCAGCAGCACUGGCGGCUCUGAUCAUGCUCUCCAUCGGGUGUUAGCGGCAGGUAGUGCGGUUGAGGCAGCAUCACCGUCACUACCACUGCCUUCGCCCUCUCUCGGACAACAAUCGCAGCAAGCCAACAACCUCCCACCAGAGUGCAGGGACGACAGGGCCACAGCAGCAGUGACAGUGGAGACCGUCCGCCAUGAAUAUCAAUUUCCAGAUUCCGCGUCCUUGCUCUCCCUCUAUCCUUACGAGGUCACGGUGAGCAACAAGUGUCGGCAACGUGCCGUAGCUGCAAUGAGCGUCAGCAUGAUGGGCGUGCAGCUGCGCUCCUACAUGCUUCUGCCGCGCCUCCGGCCCUUACAGAGCAACUCCCUCCAGUCCAUGAGUGUCUUCAAGGUACUCCCUCCACUAGGCGCUCCUGAUGAUGCAAUGAUCAUCCCGCCAGGGGGUUCCUUCAAGUUUAACUGCACUGUCAUGCUAGACCUCGCCUUUGCGCUCUUUCUUUACAACGCCUCAUUUUCCCCAUUGUAA